GCUGGGUUCCUGUAAAAUUUAUAGUCGGAGUGUCGAACACAAGUCAAGCAGGCAAAAGCGAAGCCGAUUAGUGGCUUGAUCAAGUAUGAGAACUAUUUUUUGCUGUGGAACUAUGCUGUCACAUUGCUAUAUGCUUUGAGAAUGCUUUGAAAGUAUGGCGUGAGGUUAUGCUGAAUAAUCUUCGCGUGUACGUUCAUGUAGAAGUAUGGGCGACCUUCAGGCAACCAUUGAAUUCUUGGUAGAAUUGUAUAAAUUUUAUAAUGUGGACCUUUUUAUCAGAGGUUUUUAUCAAUUCCGUCUUACCAUUAAACCACCAAAAUCAAGCCAUGCAAUGCAAGUAGAAAUCUGCGAAGGCCAUGGAGAAAGGGGGACAUUCAAUCUGUUUCCAGCAUUUGUCACAGAAGAUGGUCAAACUGCUGUAUCAAGGACUUUCAAUAUUUAUUACAAAGAUGAAGAAGUGCUUCUGAAAGAUGUAUUUCUUUUCAGAGUCCACUUGCUGGUUGAUAGUACAAAGGCAGCGGACUGUAUUGACAAAUCAGCUUUGGAAAUGACAGUUGAUGUCCAUUUUACAGACCAGGUAGUUAGGGAGAACAACUAUCGUCUACUACCUCAAUUUGUUACAUCAAGGACACUCAAAUUUCACUUCUCUUGUUUUAAUGGUUUACACCAUCAGGUGCCAUUGUUGUUUGACUAUUAUUACUUCUCUGUUCUUGAUAUGGUUGUUCAUGCUAAUGUUGUGUCUCUUAGUCUUCCAAACUGGAGUAUUUUGAAACAAAUAAAGACUGGAUGGUUUGGAAAAUCUAAUACGGCUCAACGUUCAUCCACGCCUCUCUUCUACUCUACUCUUUUUGGCAAUCGUUUGCAACUUGGUUCUCAGUUAAACACUGACGUGACACUUAGGUGUAUUUGUAUUCAGUUUUACAGCGAUGUGUCACUAAGGUACGCUGUGACAAAUUCCAGUUCCAUCUCUAGAGAACAUUUCGAAAGAGCAUCUGCUAUUCACAGGAAUCUUUGUGCUAUUUUGGCUAUGGCUCACUCGAAACUUCUGAUGUAUUUCGAAGAAAUGAUGCACUAUCUUGACGAAAAGCAAAAAAUUAAACUAGGUGAAAAACUUGACCCUGCCGAUUUGGUCGAAGGAUUAUGCAAGAAACUCGAGACGUUACAAUCUUGUGAAGAAGUGUUCGAUGAAAUGUGCAGUGACAUGUCACUUCUUAACAAUGAGUUAGCGUUGUUAUGGUUGCAAUUCCAAGAGUCAUUCAUAUUAAACGAUCAAAUACGACCAGUGUUGAGGGAGCAGCAUCACAACGAAAGGAUGAUGCACUUUAGUGAAGCAUUUUUUGUUCACAAACUGCCUUGGAAAACAUUGCUCAAUGUCACUGACAGCAGUUUUCAAAAGCAUGUUAGCAUGGGUCAGUGCGUGAAAUCUUCUAAAUAUCUAUCUAUGAUCCCUCCUGUGACAAUCGAAUGUGCCGAAGUAGAUGGGGAUCCUGCUAGUACGCCGAUUUUCUUCGAAGAUUGUUACGUCUACAAGACAGGAAGUGCUGAAAAUUUGUAUGCUGCUCAUGUUAAUAGAGAGGACGAUGUACUCGAACAUAAACCGUUGUCUUUUGGUAUCCUAAACCAAGCUUUCAAUGACCAUUCACCGCAACUCGCUGAGAGUGUAAGCGAUGCUGACCUUGAUUCUAAAGAUGUAUGGGUGGAUGUUAAAAUGUCCAGUGAAAAUAAUGCUCCCACUGCAGGCGUAACCCACACGGAUCAAGACUCUGCUACGGGUGAAUGUAAGGUUGUUGAGAAGAACGAUGAAGCCAAUGAAGAGAACCAAACUGACGAAUGCGUUCUUGAAGCUGACAAAACUAUUUCUUCAAGCUCAGGGGAAGCGCUUGACACUAGUACUUUACAAACAAGUACAAGCCAAAAUGAUAAUGGCACCAUAAACUUAGAGGAAGGGAUGAUGCAUAGCGAGAAUACUGCAUACUCCGAGGAAACAAGUAAUACUAACAGUCCAAAAACGUUGUUGCAACAUAGCAUUAAACAUUUUGAAGACAAUAUGGAGGAAACACAACAAGGGACGGCUAAUUCACAGGAUACAUGUACCUCUUGUGAUACCACAUUGGAGAGCGAGAUUAGGGAUGUUGGGGAUAUUGUUGCAGUCAUCGAUACAACGGCUGAGAAUCAAGCUUCGAUGUCGAAUAUUCAAGCCUCUGGCGUUCCCACUGAGGAGGCAUUGAAAGAAAGCGAUGGUAAAUCUUAUCUUUUCAGUUUGAAUGAGGAAGUUAAAAAGAAAGAUAUUUCUGUAGUUAACGAGAGAAAUAAAAUGAAUGACAAUUUUUGUGAUUACGAAGGCUUAUCUCUAUAUCCCGCCACAAAUGACUCAACGAACAAGAGUGAUAUCUCUGAAACAGAGAGGUCUAGUUGUUCAUUACCAAAUGACAAUACUACAGCGAAUGGUGGACAUUUAAACACGGUUGAAGAUAGUCGUUCUCUGAAAAAGGAGGGACUCGUUGCAGGUAUUGAAGAACCAACUAUAAAUUCUAACCUUGCUGAUGAGGCAAACCAUGUCGUUGAUCGACCGUCUACUGUAGAAAAGACUAGCAAAGUCCAGUAUAUCGGAUCAAGCGAUUCUUCUAUGGAGAAGUGUAAUAAGAUAGUUUCAGGUAUCAGAGACGGAUCCAAUUCAGGAGCUAGUUUUGAAAUGGAAAAACCUGGAAGCUCUAACUUGAAGCAAUUAACCCCUGUAACCGAACAGGACGCAGGCGUUAAACUUGCCCAACCACGGUCUGUUACUGGACAAGAAAUUAGAUCGAAAUUAGGACAGCAAGUUCCUGGAGAAGACAUUGGUUCUAAUUCUGAAUUAUCCGAGAAAGUACCAGAUGCUUCUGCAGAAAAUGACAAUGAAAGUGUUAAUAAUAGGCUAUGCAAUACUCCUGAUGAAACGACCUCUCUUAUUCAAAGCCAAGAAGGAUUUCAUUCUGAAGGGGCUGUCGAAAAACCUGAAUUUUACGACGCAAACAGAUCACCCUUUGAAAUAUCCUCGGGUUCAAGUGUCACUAAAACCUGUAGCGAUAGCACAGAUGGCAGUGCUGAGAAGAACGCUUCUGCUCGUAAUACUGCGGCAGUGAAUUCAAAAAAAUUAAGCAAUUCUGUAUUCUACGAUGAUUGUAACAAACGAGACAGUUGCAGCAAUGAAGCGUUAGGUAACGAGCUAGUCUCGAAUUCUCAGUUAAAUACAGUCAGGUUAUCCUCUAAUACAUCGGCUAACAGCAUCAGUUGUUUUUGUGGCGGAAAUAUCAAGAAGACGUCAUCUCCAUACAAACCGGCCAGUGAAAGUGACUCAUCAAAUCUCUUGUUGCAGAAGGCCAGACAGGAUGUUAUGUCGCGAAUGAAUUAUUGCGGAACAGUGUACAGCGAUUCUACCACGAAUUUCUUUGUGAACCCGUACUUUAUAAAUCCCAAACCAGACUUAUCCAUGGAACCUGUGCACUUCGUUGUAUGUGUACAUGGUUUAGACGGUAACAGCGGCGACCUACGUUUGCUAAGAUGCUUUCUUGAGAUGGCUUUACCUUCGACAAAGUUCGAGUUCCUCAUGUCUGAAGUCAACCAAGAGAAUACAUUUGGAACGUUUGAAAAGCUCACUGAUAAACUGGUUUCUGAGAUCUUGCAUCAUAUGGAGGCCUACCGAAUCAGCCCAUCACGAUUGAGUUUCAUUGGUCAUUCUAUGGGUAAUAUAAUAAUCAGAGCAGCGUUGAAUCAUCCUCAGAUGGAACCUUACAUUGAACUCUUUCAUACUUUUCUCUCCUUAUCUGGUCCUCAUCUUGGCAUGGUCCACCAUACUAGUUCUCUGGUUAGCACUGGAAUGUGGUUGUUGCAAAAGUGGAAAAAAUCUGAGUCCUUACUGCAGCUUUCUUUGAACGACUCCACAGAUAUGAGGGAUACGUAUAUUUAUAAGCUGAGCAAAAAGAAAGGUUUAGAAUAUUUCACCAAUGUUCUGCUCGUGAGCUCUGUACAAGAUCACUACGUGCCAUUUCAUUCCUCCAGAAUCGAAUUGCCCAAAUCAUUGCGUACCAAUUCGCAAGAAUACACCGUUUAUCGUGAAAUGAUGGAAAAUCUGCUAACACCAUUACUAAAUCAGCCUAACCGAAGCCUUGUUCGUUACAGUGUGUAUCACUGUCUACCUUCAUCGACUAACACCUUCAUUGGUCGUGCAGCACACAUCGCAAUGUUGGACUCCGAGUUGUUCAUAGAAAAACUCAUCUGUACAUCUGCGGCCAAGUACUUCCAAUGAUUUAUGCUAUAAUUUAAAAAUGGUUUCCAAAACCUCAACAAUAGACGCAAUCACAAAAUAAAUAUUUUAACUUUUUCUUUCUGCUUUGACAAAAUUCGAACACGCAUAAAAUUGAGAUGCUUUCUAUACUACCAGUACGUAUUUAUGACAUUUGUUCAAUUGUACAAUAGAAAUAUCGUAUGCUAUUAAUAACUUGCUCUGAAAUACAUCCCAGUGCAUUAAAAUGCGAGACAAGGGAAACAUUGAUUUCUUAGCCUUAAGGCUCAUAUAUCGGGGACGCUUGAAUGAUGCUGGGGCUAAGGGGGGGAUUGAUCGUCGACAAUGGACUUUUGCAUAAUAGACAAACUUACAAUGUAGGUGACAAGGAGGAAAUAAAUCACCACAGCUAAAAAGAGCAUACCAAAAUUAGUAUAAUUGCCAAGUUUGGCUGCAAAAUGAGAAGUAGUACCGAAAAUAUGGCCAUGCGAAGUUGGCAAAUUUGUAUACUUUUUUACUACGAGCGUAGUAAAAAAGUAUACAAAAUUGCAAAAUACGCAUGGCUAUAUUCUCUGCACUUUACAAUAUUUUGCACCCAACUGACUUGGCAAUUUGACUAAUUUUGUUGCCUAAAUCAAAAGUUGGACUAACUCCCCUGACGAAGGCUCUCAGGUCGAAACGUCAAGAAGUGUUUUGUCUAUUUUAGGCAGUUGUUAUGUGUCAUUUGAUGCUAAGUUAUUAUGCGAAAGGUCCAUUGAUGGUAGAAUAUCGCAACUGUUAGGCUCUAGAAUUUCUGAGCAUGUACUUUGAACUUUAUCUAGAUUUUGGGAGUAGCAUACUAAGAGUAUUACUUUUUUGUCAUUUGAUGCUAAGUUAUUAUGCAAAAGUCCAUUGAUGGUAGAAUAUCGCAACUGUUUGGCUCUAGAAUUUCUGAGCAUGUACUUUGAACUUUAUCUAGAUUUUGGGAGUAGCAUACUAAGAGUAUUACUUUUUUUGUACUUAGAUAUAUAGUUUAUUUAUAUAUUGGCAAUAAAAUGAUUCAGCGAUGGUUGAUCAUAGUUCUAUAUAGACUAC